ACAUGAGGCAGGACAAAGACACGUUACCAGGCGGGAGCAGAGUCUGAGCAGAUGUUCCUGCUCCGGGAAAACAAGGAGGAGAAGAAGAAGGAGGAGAAGGAGAAGAAGGAGCGACAUUUCUGCAGAAGAAGGAGGACUCAAAGACGAUAUGGCUGAAGAUGUCCGUGGACUCUGAUAACUCCUGUGUUUUGCUGUCAUCACGGGACUCCAGGACUUCCUGCGUCUUCCAAAACGAAGACGAGAAAGAUGACAUCCCAGGAGUGGGAGAGGAGAGCGUUCUGGAGAUGCUGAGCUACUCCAAGUUCUCCAACCUGGAGACAUGGCUGUGUAUGCCGUCCUCGCUGCUGCUGCCCCGGACCCUGGACUCCACCCGUACCUCCUCAUCAUCCUCCUCUUCGUCACAUACGUCCAACCACUCCUGCAACUCCCAACCGGUCUCCUCCUCGUCCUCGUCGUCCCCGGCCUCCAACUCCCGUCACUCCACCUGCAGCGACCCAGGAGAGAUGGACACACCUCUCAGGUCGUCGCAGAGGGACUCCACCUUCCUCGGCCCGGCUCUGGAGAAGGAGAUGCCAUUUCUGGCCACGUCCCUCCUCCCCAUCCUCUCCUCCACCCCCGCUGCUGCUGCAGCGCUGUCAGCUGGAGACUCCACCUCCAGCAGCGGCGUCAGCAUCAGGAAACGGCGGCGGCUCGCUGCCAGUCCUGGAGGACUCCACUGGAACUCUGCAGGUUCGGUGCAGCGAGACUUCUGGUCACCUGAUCCGUCUCCGGUGUCGGGGGGGAAGAGGACAGGAGCAGGAGGUGGAGGAGGAGGUGGUGUCGCGACCGGGCGGCCCUGA